GUAGCGCGAAUUCAAAAAGCUGUACCAUGAAAUUACUCGAGCCUAAAUUGCCAACAGUGAAUCUUUUCAAAGCGACACGUCUGAAAGCUUGGUGGCCCCUAGUACGAAGAACCGAAAGCGUUGAUUACGUUCAAGCGGGUAAAAUAGAGAUGGAACUAUCGGCUCUGCGUGGCGUCGAGGCAAACGAAAACCCAGUAGGUAAAGGAAGAAAGCCUCCCCAAGAACUUCCAUUUCCCAACCGACCGGACACUUCCUACUCGUGGUUUUUCAAUCCAUGGAAAGCUUUUCGUCACGUAGUUUGCCGUUAUUACAAGUGGAAGAUCUUGAUAUGCAUAUCAUGCAUUCUACUCGUUUUCCUAGUUGGGAGCGCGAUCUAUGCAUUCCCGGGAUAUUUUGUUAAACGUCUUUUGAGAGCUUGAUUCUGUCGAGUCAAUUGUUUAAUUAAUGACAAGCGAACGAACUAACGAUCUAACCGAGUGUACGAUUGUGUAUUAUUAAAAAUAUUGAAUCGUUCCAACGAUAUAGAGAAAAAAUUAUCGAAAUUUCGCAUAGGACUGUGAAUCUAUUUGACUCAUAGAGUCAGGUAUUUACAGGGUAUGCUAUACGAGCUAGGAAAAGGGG